CCGUUCUGCUCCUUAUCGUUUCUUGCUCGUCUUGGUGCUUCGUGCAGAUUUUGUUAUUAAAUAUUCAUGAAAGAUCGAACAACUUCUGAAUUCCUGAUGUCAAACGUUACAAUCGUCUCAACGUAGGUAGUUCUGAGGUCCAUGUGCAGCAUCUCUUCACCUCCGCAUCAAGGUUUGCUCUGUGAUUCCUUGCGCCAUCUUAGCUUGAGCUCUUCCUCGUAAGUGACACCUUGCAAUGGACAAGCUUGCCAGUCAGGUGUUGUUCGGGCGGACGAAAAACAAGAUGGACAAGUUUGCAGACGACACCGCAAGAGAUCUCAAGAACAUGGCAAAGAAUGCUGGGAAAGCAUUCACUUCGCUGGGAACCCGCGCCUCUAAGAAAGACGCGUAUGGUUACUUGGAGUCCAUGGGUCUGCCAAGGGGGAUCUUCCCCAAGGGCGUGACGAACUUCAGCUUCAACGAGGACACGUGCAAAUUCGUAGUCGAGUUGCCGGGUGAGUGUGAGGUGACGUACGCUGACAACUCGGUAGUGUACUAUGCACAGAAGAUAACGGCAAGAGUGGCAGUGGAAGGUCUAGACGAGAUUGAAGGCAUGAAAACGAAGCUGCUCUUCUGGCUGCCGGUGCACUCGAUUACAGUAGACGGCGACAAGGAGAACUUUUACUGGUACGUAGGAGCGACAAGAGCUACGGCGUUGCCAAAAACGAGGCCCAAAAAGGCUUUCAAGGAGCCCCAAGAAGCAGAGUUCUGCGAGCCGGAGUAGAGCAUCAUUACUGUCAAGAUCAUUUCUGCAGCAGCAGGUGGACACUAGGAACUAGAAGGACUAACCGUCAGCAAUAACCCCUCCAUGAUGGAUACGAGUUUUCGAUUUGAAUUGCUUAUACAAGCGAAUGGCUUAGAAAGUUCCAAGGCUGAAGAGGUCAGACAAAGGUUGCUCCUAAGAGCUGUUGGGUACGGCCCUUGCAUAAUCGAGUCGGCAUAUGCAGCUGUCAGUGCAGGCCUGCAAUCAAUCUACACUGGGGCUGAGUCAUGAUUGACUAGCUGCUACACACGCGCUGAAUAGUGACUCCUGCGGGAACGGAU